GCCGCUAAUAGUAAUCAGUUUUUAAAAAAAAAAAAUAUAUAUAUUAAUUAUUAUUAGCGGCGGGGUCCGCCGCUAAUACCCCGUCGCUAAAAUGCCUAUAUAAACCCCAUCAGACCCAGUUUUACCAUUUUUCGUUUUUCUUCAAAAAAAAUCAAACUCUACCAUUUUUUCCCUCCGCCUCCCCCAACCGCAUCAGCCCACUUCCGCCUGCCCAAACCGCCUCCGGCCGACCACUGCCGCUUGCUCCCCCAACCGCAUCAAACUCUACUAGUAUUAAGUAAAAUGUCAGCUACGUUAGCGACAUACCACGGUGGGGAUGGUGAUGGCAGGGAUCCCCCUGAUCCUUCUAGGGUACCGUCGUCUUGCGAAGCAGUUCCACCUCCGGUCAGAAAGGGUCGUGGGGUUGCCGCAAACGCUAAUCUUGAAAAAAAAAGGAGAGAAGCUGGUAAGCCCUUACCGGUGGAGGUAGAUCUUGAAACCGGCAAAGUAGUUGGCACUGAAGCCAGCAAUUAUGUUCGAUUUCUUGGCCAACAAGUGAGCAUGUUGUGCCCGGGUGGUCAUCUAAAUUUUUCCGAUGUACCCCAACAAUACAAGGAUCAAGUGCUCAAUCGCGUCAGAUACUACUUUGAUAUUGAUGGGAAUCCCCACCGAGACCUACUUAUGGGGACUUUAUAUUCGGUGAUGGCGGAGCGGUAUAGUGAGCGAAAGACGCUCAGAAACAAGCAUUUCAAACAAUAUUACAAAAAACCAGAAGAUUGGGACACAGUUCUCAAAUUCCCCCCUGACUACUUGAAUACUGAGACUUGGAAACUGGUUUGCGAAUUGUUCGUUAGCGAGGCAUUUUUGAAUCGUUCAACUAAAAAUAAAUCGAAUCGGCAACUAAUGAAAUAUCCAACAACGCAAGGCACAAAAUCGUUGGCGUCCAUACGCCACGGAAUGGGGGGUCCUCCUGGAGAGCAUGUAGUUGAAGCAUGGAAGGAGAUCCAUGUGAAAAAACCGUCUGGAAAUUUCGUUAAUGAAAUAGCUGCAAAAGAUUAUGAGGAACUGAUCAAGGAGCUUGAUAGGAAGCGACUUGAACGACAAUCCCAGAGCGAUACUGGGACUGAAUCUGAAUCUGAUACUGGUUAUCAGUUUGACGUAAUGGAAACAGUUCUAGGCCAAAGAUCUGACUAUCAAAGAGGCGUGGGUAAAAGGCUCAAGGGCAAAGGAAAGAAACCAAUCCCUCAAACUCAAUCAACGGUGCCUCCCCAACCAACUACUGAAAUGAUGAGCACCGUGGCAGAUAUAUUCUCAGCUAUGCGUGCCACUUGGGGGGGUAAUUUGACGCUUGAACAACGUGCCCAAAUAUUUAACCCACGCUUUGACAAUUUCGUUCAAACGUAUAGUCAAUCGCAGUCGCCUGGUGGUUCGUCUUCUCAGAGUCAUGCCGCUCCUCCGAACAAAGAACAACAACCUCCUACGCAACCACAAUUUCAGGCCUUCCUCGCAACAACAAUUCCAAAAUUUGUCACAAAGAAGCAAUUUGAAAAUUUUUUGCAAAGAACCCCAAUCUUUUCCUCAACAAAGAAUAAAUGCCCGCUUCCGCCAAUGGGAAAUCCGUUCUUAUACCGAACACCGUCAGAGUCUCCUCCGCUCGGCUCAAACUUUGCUGAUUUUGGAUUAUUUGGGAGUCAUGGGUUGCCACAGCAGCAGCAUUAUGGCAAGCACUUGAACAACUCUAAGUCUGUUACAAUUGAUUUGAUGUGCACUGUAUGGGAUCUAAUCCCAACAACAUUACACAGACAAAGAGCAACAAUCCUUCAACCUUUGUUGCUACAUCAGAAAUCUUGGAAAAGUGAAGCCUGGUUUGCUAAUAGUGGAGCACCCAACCAUAUCUCCUCAGACUCUGUCUCAAUGACUCAGAAGCAAGACUACGGUGGUAAGGAGAAAGUUAUUGUUGGUAAUGGUACACAAUCCAUUAUCUCUCAUCUUGGUACUCCUUCUACUGCUCUUUCUUUUUCAUCCUUAAGCAUGCCUAGAAAAGCACCUUCCACACCAUCACACUCUCAAACUAAUUCUUCUACCCUAACUUUUUUUGGUCUCUCACCUGGUGCUCCAUCUGGUCUCUCAAAUUCAGAACAUGAGAUUGUUGACAUCAUGGAAGCCAUGAUUUCUCGUGCUGAUCUUGCUUUUGGUUUCCAAUCUCCUCAAGCACCUCCUGCUGCCACUGGUCAACCCAUGACUACUUAA